ACAUCGUAGCCAUGUCAUCAUAGCGACAGCAAACGUUCAUUAGUAGACUAAACCAUGUCUCCAAGUUUCACGACACUUCUGUUCCUCGGGGCGAUUGCCUUCGUGAACGCAGAUGCACCCGAAAAAUUAGUAGGCGCUACCGAUGCGCAACCCGGUGAGUUUCCCUACAUGGUGUCCCUUAGAAUAGGGGGUAGUCAUGUAUGCGGUGGUUCCAUUAUCGGCAAGUACCACGUCCUCACCGCCGCGCAUUGUGUGAAUGCCCUCCUUCAAGCGUCCGAUGACGUAUCUGUCGUCAGUGGCACUAUCUACCUUGACCAAGGUGGCGAGUUCCAUCGUGUGGCUAACAUGGUUACCCAUCCGAGCUAUAACCCCAACAGUCAACCGAACAAUGACGUGGGAGUAAUCAAGCUUGCCGAUCCGAUAAAUUUCAACACGUUGCAACAAGCUGUCGCUCUUCCCACCAGCGAUCCACCUGCUAAUAAUUACGCCAUCGUGUCCGCAUGGGGCGAGACAUCCUCACCACCUUAUGGCAGCCUGUCUAAUACGUUACAGUACCUGUACCUUCACAUGAUCAGCUUCAGCGAAUGCGCUCAAUUCAGUAAUCUGGACGUUUCGAGGAGCGUGAUCUGCACGUAUAAUGGCCUCAACAGCGGCCUAUGCCCCGGUGACAGUGGCAGCCCCCUCGUCUACAACGGUCAAGUAGUCGGCGUUGUAUCUCGUGGCAUCCCAUGCGCGCGUGGCGAACCCGACGUUUUCACUAGCGUCUACGAUACACUGGAUUUCAUUCGCGGAGCCAUGGAAUAUUAAUUUAAAAACCCUGAUUUGAACGUUGCAUAACACUUCAUAAACACACAUGUUCGAUCAAUGCGUGAAUGAACCGUGAAUAACGCGUAAGUUAAAUACAGUUGUCCUGCUCUUAAUUUAAUGUAAAUUAAUACACGUGAAUAAAGAAUAGAAUAGAAAGUA